AUGGAUAGCAUCUUCAAGGGAUUGAUGGCUUCUUCAGGAAAGGCUUGGCCUCCAGAAGAUGAGGACUUUUUCGGAAGGAUAGAGUCAUUGUAUUCCCGAGUCCUCUUGGAAUCAUGGGAAAAAUCUACGGAAACGGGCACGUCGGUGGAUCAGCCAGAACCAGGACAUAUGCCGCCUGCUAUUCAAGUAGCUCCCCGGGGGAACGAAGCUGGUCCAUCGAAUCAGCCCCCACGAGUGGUCCCCUAUCCGUAUCAACUGGAUGAAGUGAUAGGGGGGGAUUCCGUUCAGUCUAUCCAGCGGAGGCUCCUAGCCAAAUACUCCUAUACUCCCCCUAUCGGGAUCAUGUACCUGGCCGAAAUAGAGGCAAAAGACCUAUUCAUGGUCAAGGUCGAGAUUCUAAGGAUCAUGGCGGUCCUUGAUCCAACGGGGGAUUGGCUGGGACGGGGAGCUCGGGCCCUCGAGAAUCCGCGUACCGCCACGGGAGAGCAUUCCUUGGAUAAACUCUAUACCCUUCUUUGGGAUCUCGAAUCUAGGGGAGUCUAUUCCGAGUCCUUCUCUCAAUUAAAAAAGAAGGUACCCCUGCGAAGUGGUUGGGACGAACACUCUACCACAUAG